UCAUCCCCAUCCCCAUCCCCAUCCCCAUCUACGUCUCGGUAGAUACAAUAUAUAAUUGCUUAUAUUUCUUGCGUCAUCUUGACCCCAGAAAGACCGAGCUUAAGCGAGCUGCCUCACUUGGCCUUCCGGUCGGUCUACAUAGUACCUACACUCGGUCUGUUGUCGGUAUGUAUGUGUGUACUACUGUAAAACCUGGUUGAUAGGAGACUUCUCGAUCAUCAGCUUGGCAAUUCGUUACGCUCAAGUGCCCGGACGAUCUGCUUCCUUGGCGCGUUCUUUGUUGUAUUUUGUACAAAGCUGUGCCCAAUCCAGUGUCACAGGCCGCAGAAUUACAUACAUCGCAGGCCCUAUGCGACAGGGAACCUGUCUUUCUUCAACGUACGUACUUUGGUAUUUUUGCUUUAGCUUGGGUCUUGGGCAAUGUGGAUUUUUUAAUUUGAAUCAAUGCCCUUUUCCAUGUGGCUUGGCCUCCGUUCUUCAUAUAUACCUGACUCAUCCUACCCGUACUACGAUGGUAAUUGGAUUCUCCAGAUAUCGUAGCUUUGAUCUCGUAGUCGUGUUUGGUAUUAUUAUUAUCAUCAUCAUCAUCAUCAUCAUCAUCAUCAUCAUCAUCAACCCAUCGCUCUACCUUAUGAGCUUACAUGCGAUGUCGGAUCAGGCUUCAUUUAUUUAUUUAUCUCUGUUGCCUACCGAGUUGAGGCUCCAAAUAUGGAGGCAUACCUGUCACCAAAGGGUAGUCGAGGUCUUAUACGAUAGCCAGGCUGAUCUAUGUACAUCAUCAACGGCGCCACCGUCCGCUCUUCACGUCUGCCAAGAGUCUCGAUUUGAAGCCUUAAGAAUUUAUAGGAGAUCCUUUGGCACAAAGUCCCACGAACCAAGGAUAUAUUUUUGUCCCGAUAUAGAUAUACUCUACCUUCCUCGACCUCCCUAUAUGGGCUAUGACGACGCCUUACGGUCUUUUACGGAACUCGUUUCCGGCAUCGAUGAUACCGUCAACCUUGCUCUCGACUAUGUUAAGCCUGAUAUCAGACGACCAUGGGAAACCUACAACAAAUACGCCUUAAUGCAGAGCUUUCCUAAAGUGAAAGAAGUUGACUUAGUCCUGGGUCCCGAUUCACCGGCAGAAGAACAUGGCCACGAAGAUAUUGGACUGGUGGAUCCGACAGGAGACAUAUUGGCCUUAUGUCGCCUACUUUCCGACAUAAAGGAAUCAUUCUUAUUUGAAGUUGGUUCCAACUACACGAUUGGCGACACGAAAGAGGAAUUCUUCGAGUACCCUGUUUUGCCUCCCCUGGUCUUGAAGUCGAAGAUCACCUGUGCUCAUGCCUAACUCUGAAAUCCAGCUAUAGCUACGCCAGAAAAGUCAUAUUAUGUUUGCUGCGUAUUCUACAAAGUAGGCCUAGAAGUCUGCACUGUACACUGUAAUGCAGAAGCUUUACUUCGUCGCGGUUGGCCAAAUCUCUCUGUUAAUAAGCAUAUACUUGAAAUAUAAUUUAUCAACACUCUUAUACCAAUUGUCCAUAAUCGCCAUCCUACUACGACCCCUGCUGGCCUUCAUCAUAGUGUCCGAAAAUGACUUUAUUCGUUAUCCGAGUGUCGACC